GGCGUCCCAGCCUGAAGGAGGAGGUUGUAGCCUUUGCGGUGGCUAGACCGGCUUCGGACUCGGAGCAGCGGAGGGUCCUUGUGACUUCGCCUAACUUUUGCUGGAGCAGAAGCUGCCGCCCGGCAGGUGGGUGACCAGCAUGUCCGCCUUCCGGCAGGAGGAUGUAGAGGACCACUAUGAGAUGGGGGAGGAGCUGGGCAGUGGCCAGUUUGCCAUCGUGCGGAAGUGCCGGCAGAAGGGCACAGGCAAGGAGUACGCGGCCAAGUUCAUCAAGAAGCGGCGCCUGUCGUCCAGCCGGCGUGGGGUGAGCAGGGAGGAGAUCGAGCGGGAGGUGAGCAUCCUGCGGGAGAUCCGGCACCCCAACAUCAUCACGCUGCACGACGUCUUCGAGAACAAGACGGACGUGGUGCUCAUCCUUGAGCUGGUGUCCGGCGGCGAGCUCUUCGACUUCCUGGCCGAGAAGGAGUCCCUGACCGAGGAUGAGGCCACUCAGUUCCUCAAGCAGAUCCUGGACGGUGUCCACUACCUGCACUCCAAGCGCAUCGCCCACUUCGACCUUAAGCCAGAGAACAUUAUGCUUCUGGACAAGAAUGUCCCUAGCCCGCGCAUCAAGCUCAUCGACUUCGGCAUUGCCCACAAGAUUGAGGCCGGCAACGAGUUCAAGAACAUCUUUGGCACCCCUGAGUUUGUGGCACCCGAGAUUGUCAACUAUGAGCCCCUGGGCCUGGAGGCUGAUAUGUGGAGUAUUGGCGUCAUCACCUACAUCCUUCUCAGCGGGGCAUCCCCCUUCCUGGGCGAGACCAAGCAGGAGACGCUGACCAACAUCUCAGCCGUGAACUACGACUUCGAUGAGGAGUAUUUCAGCAACACCAGCGAGCUGGCCAAGGACUUUAUCCGCCGCUUGCUGGUCAAGGACCCCAAGAGGAGAAUGACCAUCGCGCAGAGCCUGGAACACUCUUGGAUCAAGGCCAUCCGGCGGCGGAAUGUGCGCAGCGAGGACAGUGGACGGAAGCCAGAGCGGCGGCGCCUGAAGACGACCCGGCUGAAGGAGUACACCAUCAAGUCGCACUCCAGCAUGCCGCCCAACAACAGCUACGCCAGCUUUGAGCGCUUCUCACGGGUGCUGGAGGAGGUGGCUGCAGCUGAGGAGGGCCUGCGGGAGCUGGAGCGCAGCCGGCGGCUGUGCCGCGAGGAUGUAGAGGCGCUGGCGGCCAUCUACGAGGAGAAGGAGGCCUGGUACACGGAGGAGCGCGACAGCAUUGGGCAGGACCUGCGGCGGCUGCGGCAGGAGCUGCACAGGACAGAGGCGCUGCGGCGCCAGGCGCAGGAGGAGACCAAGGGCGCGCUGCUGGGAGCCAGCGGGCUCAAGCGCCGCUUCAGUCGCCUGGAGAACCGCUACGAGGCGCUGGCCAAGCAAGUGGCAUCCGAGAUGCGCUUUGUGCAGGAGCUGGUGCGAGCGCUGGAGCAAGAGCGGAUGCAAGGCGGAGAGUGCGGCCUGCGCUAGGGAGAGGUGGGGCGGGCCCUGAGCUGUGAGCAACAGGCCCUUGGCCUCCGCGUGGAGCCAGGGACUCAUUGGGGCUCCAGUUUGGCAGUAAAGGGGAUGCUGGCAAUUCCUAUGUUUUGUGAGUUUCAGGAGCUGCCCAGUGCUAGGUGAAGGGGCCUCUACAGGCCUGGGUGUGGGGGAUAGAGCUCCUACCACCUCUUCACUCCCCAGAAGUACCCCCGGAGCCUGCCGUCAGCAUUCUGGGUCACCUCCUGUCCCUUAGCCCUGCAGUGGCUGCCUGCCCUCCCGCAGGGGGCCCUUGCGCCUGCCAUGCCAUCUUCGUCUUCUGUGUGCUCCAGGAGCUGCCAUAGCUUGCCCCUUGCUUCAGACCACAAGAGAAGCCACCCAGCCCCACCUGCCAGAUCCCAAGACCCUCUGGGAUAUGUGCCCUGGGUUUAGGCCUGGGCAGGCG